UCAGCUUAACUCAGGAUUGGACAGUGAUAAGCUGGGUUUGGGAAUGCUGCAGCAUGAUAUGACAUUUAAACUUUGUCCCUUGAAACAGACUAAUUCGUUUCUCCGGCGCGCUGAUGCCACAUGAAGAGUGCAUUGAUCUGGUUGUCUGUGGUGCUUUCAUGCUUGUGGGAUAGUUUCACCAAAGUUUCAUCAGCAGCUUUAAUGUCAGAAUAAUGGCGUUAACUGACAGGGUUGAAGGAAUUGACAUCUUUGAGCUGCUCAGGAACACGGCAGAAUCAGACAGUUUCCGUGACGAUUAUAUGUGGACAAUGACAAUUAAUGAGACCCAAACUCUUCAAAGAAGUGCUGCUGAGGAUUUCUUAGACACUCUGCUGCAGGACCCCUCCGCUUCACCUGGAUCCCCCCCAUGGUCACCCUGCAUCACUGACAGUAGCAUUAACGAAGACCCCCUGACGGAUUCCUCUCACAGCCCCCAUCAAGUUUCUUGCACAGCUUCCCCAGCCUUUGACAUGCUCCCGUUCCAUCAGACUCCAUCUUCAGGAAGCCAGCCACCCAUAAACGAAAGGAAGUCGGAUGUUACCAUCGAUCUAGGCUGGGACUCUGAUCUCCAUGAGGAGCUUGGAAUUACAUACUACCUCAGCCAAGAUCAAAGCUCCCUCCUACCAUCCAGUCACACCCUCACAGUGAAAGACCUGCUCAUAUCCAACUUUGAGCAGAAAGUGCGCAGAAUCCCCAAGCAUUCCCUGCAGGAGCUUGUUCUUAAUGAGGAUGAGAAGAAGCUUCUGGCCAAAGAAGGUGUCAAUUUACCAAACAAACUUCCCCUGUCCAAGUUUGAGGAAAGGAUUUUGAAGAAGAUCCGGCGGAAAAUCCGCAACAAGCGCUCAGCUCAAGAGAGUCGGAAGAAGAAAAGGGAAUAUGUUGACAGUCUGGAAGGACGAAUGUCUGCAUGUAGUGCUCACAACCUCCAGCUGCAGAGAAAGAUCCAGCAUUUGGAGGAAACCAACAACGCUCUGCUGGAGCAGCUAAGCAGGCUACAGGCUCUCGUUCCUAACAGCCCCAGCAAAACAAUAGGCAGAAGAACCUGCGUUCUGGUUUUGCUUCUCUCCUUCUCUCUGUUCAUAUCCUCGAAUCUUCAUCCAGACCUUUACAGCCAGCGCAGUCAGGCAGAAUACAUGCAAUCCAAAGCACCGUCUCGCUCCCUGCAGUCCAUUGAUGAAGAAGGAGGUGUCCCUCCUCAUCUUCUGCACUCCAUCUCUAGGGGCUUUGAAGCCCUGCGAAGCCUGGCGAAGAAUAUCUGGGCUUGGGCAGAGCUUUCUACAGCAGCCCUCCCCUCCUCUCUCCACCAGGAUCACAGCCACGAGAAUGAUUACUGGUCUCACUAUAGGAAAAAGAUGUAGCAAAGGCUUGCUUGCAAGUGCAUCAUCCAAGGAGGCAUUUUAGAGCUUUCUAAGCUUCCUGUAAAGACUGUUUGGUGCUCCAGAGCUCAAUUUUUUUGGUCUGAUGCUUUUAAAGGUGUGGACAGUCAGGACACCUCUCCAGUAUUCUAUACUUUUUGGUUUUUCUUUAAGAAAACAAAAAUCUUAAAGACAGAGUGUAUCACGUACUAUUUAAUUUAAAAUUGUGUUACUUUUACAGGUACUUUGCUGUAUGUUAUCGAUUAUGAUAAGAAAGCAUUUAAGUGAAAUGUAGAAAAAAGACUUUAUAUUCAAAAAUUUCAAAAAGAAUAAAAAAUGCAAAUAAA